UCUGAGGUCCUCAUGCAAACACCUGUGCAGACCGAGCCAGCAAGGUUUUGUAGAAGGUAACUAGCUCAACAAAUCAAGAUGGAGGAGGAGGAUACACGAGAAGUUUUGCUACCCAACUGGCAAGGCAGUGGGUCUAUGGGCCUGACCCUAGAUCAGAAUGAUGACGGAGUGUUUGUAAAACAAUUGGUGCAGAACUCACCAGCUGCCAAAACAGGUGUUGUUAAAGAAGGUGACCAGGUUGUGGGUGCAACAGUCUAUUUUGAGAACAUGUCAUCAGGGGACAUUGAGAAGCUGCUGGCAAAUGUCGGGCAUCACACAGUAGGUCUCAAGCUACAGAGGAAAGGUGAUCGAUCCCCUCUGCCUGGCGCAACCUAUUCACACGAUGUCUUUAGCGUAAAAAGUCCCGAUGUUGUUCUGAGUGGGGAUGAUGAGGAAUAUAGACGAAUUUACACAAAAAAGAUUAAGCCACGUCUGAAGUCAGAGGAGACUUUGGAACCAGAGUCUCAGACAAGGACCAUCACCGUUACAAGGAAAGUGACCGCUUAUACCGUGGAUGUGACAGGAGCAAAAGACUCAAAAGAGAUUGAUAUAAGCAGUCCUGAAUAUAAAAUCAAGAUUCCCCGCCAUGAAAUAACUGAGAUAUCUAAAACCAGUGUGCAGACAGAUGAGGCUAAAACUGUUAUCCGAAUUCCUGGUAUUGAUGUGUCUGGUAAAAGUUAUCAGGCAGGAAGAGAACACAGUGUUUCCCUGCCCGGUGACUCUGUGGAUGUACACAGUACCACAGUGAGGUAUCAUGAACACGGCAAAGGAGAGUUUGAGUUUCCUGAAGGCUACAGUGAUGCUGAUGCAAAUGUCCAAGCAGGCAGCACCUCUUCCUUAAGUAUCAAUUUGCCUGGUGUAAAUGUUUCUGCUCCAAAGUUCCAGAGCUACGAAAAUAAAUUUGAGGUGAGGACAUCCAAAUUUGAAACAGAGCAUGAUAGGUUUAAAGGUCCCAAUGUUUCUGGAAGCUCCUCUGUAGACCUUGGCCUAUUAAGUUCUGGCAUUACUAGGGUGCCCAAACAGGACAAAACAUCAGUAACCUCUGAAACUGUCUUCCAGUCAUCUGGUAUAAAGUUCAGGGGUCCUCAGUAUGACAUUAAGAAGGCAGAAGGAUUUAAAAUGGAAACUGCAGCCCUUGGUGAAAUACCAGCCGAUGUAACAAGUACAUCUAAAGAAACCCAAUCUACAUCUAUAAUGAGGGACAUUAAGACACCUGAAAAAAAUGUACUCCCUUUGGACACCAGAGGUGGGUCAGUGAAUAUAGGACUUCCAUCAUUUCAGAUGUCAAAGUCUGGAUCCUUCCAAACAAAGCUUGACAGAACAUAUAACCAGGCAACUUUAAUUCAAGAAGGGGAUGUCAGUGCAAAACAACAGUUGGACGUCUUUUCACCAUCAGCUGAAGGAAAAGCUACUACUGCAAAAAUAGAACUGCCUAUGCCUAGUGUGGAUGUGAAAGGACCAGAUAUUGACUUAGACGAUUCUGUGGGAAAGAUACACAUACCAUCAUUUAAAAUUCCAAAGUUUGGUGUCUUGGAAACAAAUGCAGGGAUGUCAGAAACUGGCAUUAAGCUUCCUGGAACUUCUGUCUACACCUACACCAAAGAGGGUAAGACUAGUGUCAUAAUGCCUGACAUUGAUAGAUUUAAGUUAGAAAAAGAUUUCCAUGGCCCUGCGGGUGGUGUCACAAAUUCACAGGUUGCAUCUGCCAACAUAGAUAUUAAAGGUCCUCAGUUAGGUUUCCAAGAAACAGUGGGCUUGCCAAAAGAGUCCUUGGAGUUUAAAGGUGUUAAAAUGCCAACAUCUGGAAUUGCAGAAUCAAAAUUGCAAGGUCCUGGUGUGGGUAUAAAAAUUGGCAAGCAAAACAUUGGCAUAUCUGGUAUAGACACAGAUAUAAAUGUCAGUAACCGAGGUGGCGAUUUAAAAGGCUCUAGUCUGAAAAUAGAAUCAAUAAAAUCCAACUUGCCAAAAGUGUCAGUGCCAGAUAUUGAUGCUAGUUUGAAAGGUCCUAAAAUAGAAGGAGACUUGAAAGAUAUCCAAGCUCCAGAUUUCCGCAUUAGGGGGCCAGAGGGGAAAAUGAAAGGCCCUAAAUUUGAAAAACCCCAGUUUGAUAUAAAUUUACCAAAUGUGUCUGUGUCAGAUGUUGAUCUCGGUUUUAAACAUCCAAAGGUGGAGGGAGAUGUAAAAGGUUCCAAAGUAGACAUUAAAGUCCCAAAGAUCGAGCUUCGGGGUCCUGGUAUAGAUGUUGAUGGUAAAAUGCAAGAUUCCAAGUUUGAAUUGCCUUCAGUGCAUCUUCCAAGGAUGUCUGUGCCAGAAAGUGAUUUAAAAGGACCCUACGUUAAUAUACAGGGUCCAGAACUUGAUGCUAAUAUUCCUGAUGUUAACUUGGAUGCUUCCAAUGUUGGUUUGGACAGAAAAAUUAAAAUGCCAACAUUUAAAAUCCCAAAGUUUGGUAUUUCUAAGCCACAAGUGGAAGGCCCAAAUAUAGAUGUAAGUUUGCCCACAGGAAAUGUUGGCUUAACUGGUCCAAAUAUAGACAUUGGCGCUCCUGAGUUAAAUAUCAAGAAUGCAGAAGGGAAACUGAAAAGUCCAAAAAUUGAAAUGCCUUCAGUGAAUAUUGAUUUACCAAAGGUAUCUGUGGCUGAUGCUGAUAUGAGGUUGAAAGAUCCAAAAAUUGAAGGCGCUCUAACAGGUCCAACAAUUGACAUCAAAGGCCCAGACGUAAACCUUCAAAGUCCAGAUUUAGAUCUUAAAGGUUCCAAGUUCAGGUUGCCUUCAGUGCAAAUGCCAAAAAUGUCAAUGCAUGAUGUUGACAUUAAUUUGAAAGGACCAAAAAUAGGAGAUUUCAAAGGCCCUAAGAUAGGAGACUUGAAAGGCACUAGAGUUGACAUUAAAGCCCCAGAAAUAGACAUUGAAGCUCCAGGAGUAGAAUUAGAAGCACCAGGUGUAAAUCUGAAAGGCCCAGAAGGCAAACUGAAAAUGCCCAAAUUUAAAAUUCCCAAAUUUGGUGUUUCUGAUCCAAAAGUGGAGGGUCCAGACAUUGAUGUUAGUGUUCCCAAAGGAAGUAUCAAUAUAUCUGCUCCAAGUGUGGAUAUUCAGGCUCCUGAUGUAGACAUUGAGGGAUCAGAGGGAAAAUUAAAAGGUCCCAAAUUUAAUAUGCCCUCAUUGAAUAUAGGUUUACCAAAAGUAUCAAUGCCUCAUGCUGAUCUAAAUCUGAAAGAUUCAAAAUUGGAAGGAGAUUUAAAAGGUUCCAAAGUUGACCUCGAACCUCCAGAUGUAGAUCUCGAUGGUAAAGUAAAAGGUUCCAAGUUCAAGUUACCUUCAAUGCAAAUGCCACAUUUGUCAAUGCCCGAUAUUGACUUUAAUUUGAAAGGCCCUAAAGCAGGAGGAGAUUUUAAAGGCCCUAAAGUUGACAUGAAAGCCCCACAACUAGACAUUGAAACUCCAGAAGUAGAAUUUGAAGCACCAGAUGUAAAUCUGAAAGGCCCAGAUGGUAAACUGAAAAUGCCCAAAUUUAAAAUGCCCAAAUUUGGGGUUUCCAGUCCAGAAGUAGAAGGCCCAAACAUUGAUGCUAAUCUUUGCAAAGGAAGUAUCGAUAUAUGUGCUCCAAGUGUGGAUAUUCAGGCUCCUAAUGUAGACAUUGAGGGUCCAGAGGGCAAAUUAAAAGGUCCCAAAUUCAAUAUGCCCUCAAUGAAUAUAGACUUACCACACAUAUCAAUGCCUCAUGCUGAUAUGAGUUGGAAAGGUCCAAAAUUGGAAGGAGGUUUAAAAGGUCCCAAAGUUGACCUCGAGGCUCCAGAUGUAGAUCUCGAUGGUAAAGUGAAAGGUUCCAGGUUCAAAAUGCCCUCAGUACAUUUUCCAAAAAUGUCCAAGCCUGAUGUUGAUCUUAGUCUGAAGGGUCCUAAAGUGGAAGGAGACUUGAAAGGUCUCAAAGCUGAUGUGAAGGUUCCAGAGCUUAACGUUGAGACUCCUGAUAUUGACUUAGAAGUCCCUGAUGUAAAUCUUAAAGGCCCAGAAGGAAAUUUUAAAAUGCCCAAGUUUAAAAUGCCAAAAUUUGGUAUUUCUAGACCAAAAAUGGAAGGUCCUAAUAUAGAUGUGAAUAUACCUACAGGAAAUGUUGACAUUUCUGGCCCAAAUGUUGAUGUUCCUGAGCUAAGUAUUGAAGGCCCAGAGGGAAAACUGAAAGGUACUAAAAUAAAUAUGCCAUCACUGAAUAUUAAUUUACCAAAAGUAUCUAUGCCUGAAGUUGAUCUGGGUCUGAAGAGCCCCAAAAUGGAAGGGGAUUUGAAAGAUCAUAAAGUUGACAUCAAAGGCCCAGAAGUUGACCUAGACGGAAAAGGUAAGUUAAAAACACACAAAUUCCAUAUGCCAAAAUUUGGAUUUUCUGGGUUUAAAACUGAUGGUUCAGAUGGUAAGUUGCCAAAAGGAGAAAUUGAGUUAAGUGGCCCUAAAGCAGAUUUAGAAGUUCCAGAAGUUGACAUUGAUGUUUCUGGAAGCAAAAUCAAGGGCCCUAAGUUCAAAAUGCCUUCCCUGGAUUUUGGUGUACCUGAUGUUGAUAUCAAUAUGAAAGGUCCUAAAUGGAAAGGAGGGGUGGAUGUUUCCAUUCCCAAAACUGAAGGUAAAAUUAAAGCACCAGAUAUUGAUGUUGAGGCUCCUGAACUAGAAAUAGAAUGUCCAGAAGGUAAAAUGAAAGGAGGAAAAUUUAAAAUGCCAAAACUGUCGAUGCCAGAUGUUGACUUGAAUUUGAAGGGUCCGAAAUUUAAAGGAGGUGCUGACAUCUCUGGCCCUAAAAUGGAAGGUCCUGAUUUAGAUGUUAAGGCCCCUGAACUAGAUAUUGAUGGCCCAGAGGGCAAAUUGAAAGGAUCUAAAUUUAAAAUGCCCUCAAUGAAUUUUAAUUUACCUAGAGUAAAUAUGCCAGAAAUUGAUCUGAGUUUGAAGGGUCCUAAACUUGGAGAGUUAAAAGAACCUAAAACUGAAAUUGAAAUCCCUGAUUUUGACAUUAAUGUAGCAGGUCCUAAAUUGGAAGGAAAUGCCAUAGAUCUUGAUGUCAAGGUACCUGAUGUGGACCUUGAAGCCCCUGAUAUAAAUGUGGACAUUGAGGGACCUGACGGUAAGGUAAAAGGUCCUAAAUUUAAAAUGCCAUCAGGAAACAUUCAUUUUCCUAAGGUAUCUAUGCCUAAUAUUGAUCUGAGUAUGAAAGGUCCAAAAUUAGAAGGAGAUAUCAAAGGUCCUAAAAUUAACAUUAAAAAGCCUGAGGGGGAUCUUGAAAUUCCUGAUGUAGAUGUUGAAGGGAAAGUUAAGGGCCCAAAAUUAAAGAUGCCUUCAAUGAAUUUUAAUAUGCCUAAGGUAUCCAUACCAGAGAUUGAUUUGAAUUUGAAAUCCCCAAACUUGAAAGCAGGGACUGAUGUAUCUCUCCCAAAAAUUGAAAGCAAGUUAGAGGGCCCCAACAUUGAUGCUGAUCUGGAUGUCUCAGGGCCAGGAUUAGAUAUUGAGGGUCCCGAAGGUAAAGUUAAAGGUUCCAAAUUUAAGAUGCCUUCAAUGAAUUUUAAUAUGCCUAAGGUAUCUAUGCCAGAUAUUGAUUUAAGCAUGAAAAGUCCCAAAUUAGAGGGAAAUGUGAAAGGGCCUAAAGUUGAUCUUAAAACACCUGAAGUGGACCUUAAGGCUUCUGAUUUAGAUCUUGAUGGAAAAUUAAAGGGCCCAAAAUUUAAAAUGCCAUCAGUAAAUUUUCCAAAUGUAUCUCUACCUGACAUUGAUUUUAAUGUAAAAGGCCCUAACUGGAAAGGAGAGGCAGAUGUUUCUUUACCCAAGAUAGGAGACAUUAAAGGGCCUAAUGUUGAUAUAAAGGGACCACAACUUGAUUUAGAGACCUCAGAUGUUGAUAUAGAGUGUCCUGAAGGUAAGCUGAAAAUGCCUAAAUUUAAAAUGCCAAAGUUUGGGUUUUCAGAACCCAAUAUUGAAGGUGUGGAAGCCGAUAUAAAAACACCUGAAUUGGAUAUUGAGGGUCCAGAGGGUAAGGUUAAAGGCUCUAAAUUUAAGAUGCCUUCACUGGAUAUUAAUAUGCCCAAGCUUUCCAAACCUGAUAUUGAUCUUAAUGUAAAAGGUCCAAAGCUGAAGGCAGGAGGAGACCUUUCAGUUCCAAACAUAGAUGGAAGUAUUAAAGGCCCAGAAAUUAACCUUCCACAAGCAGAUGUUGACCUGUCUGGACCAAAGGUAGAUAUUAAAGCUCCUAAGUUAGAUGUUGAACUCCCAGAGGGGAAGGUUAAAGGUCCAAAAAUGAAGAUGCCAUCACUGAAUGUUAAUUUUCCACAUGUAUCAAUGCCUGAUAUAGAUCUUGGUGUAAAAGGUCCCAAACUAAAAGGAAGUGUGGACAUUGCCACGGCAAAUCUGGAUGCUGAUAUAAAGGCUCCUAAAGCUGAUUUUGAUGUCCCCAGCCCAUCCCUGUCUGCAGAAUUGCCUGAAGGUAAAGUUAAAGGUCAUAAAUUCAAAAUGCCAUCAUGGGGAUUUUCAAAGCCAAGUGCAUCUAUGCCAGAUAUAGAUAUUAAUCUGAAAGGUGGAAAGGUUAAAGGUGACAUUGAUGCAUCAAAGGGAGGUAGCCUUAAAGGCCCUGAGUUAGGAAUAGGUGUGCCAGAAGCCAACAUUGACAUGCCUGAGAUAAAAAGUAAAAAAUCUAAAUUUAGGCUGCCAAAAUUUAAUUUCUCAGGUCCCAAGGUACACACACCCAGUGCUGACAUAAAAGCUCCAAAAGCUGAUAUUGAAGUCAGUGGCCCUGAUGUAGAAAUACAAAAUUUAGAGGCAAAAGGUAAAAGUCCCAAAUUUAAAAUGCCUUCGCUAAACAUAACAAGUCCCAAAGUGUCUAUGCCAGAUGUUGAAUUGAACAUGAAAGGACCAAAGUUAAAAGGAGAUCUGGACAUGUCUGUUCCAAAGGUUGAAGGUGAAUUGCAUGGCCCCAAGCUUGAUAUGAAAACACCAGACAUAGACCUGGAGACCCCAGAUGUUUCUUUAGAUGGCCCAGAAGGUAAGGGAAAGCUUAAAAUGCCCAAAUUUAAUAUGCCUAAAUUUGGAUUUUCUGGCACAAAACCAGAUAUGCAGGCUCCUGAUUUUAAUAUUGAAGGACCAGAAGGAAAACUAAAAGGCCCUAAAUUUGAGAUGCCCUCAAUGAAUAUCAAUCUACCAAAGAUACCGAAGCCUGAUUUCGAUCUAAAUCUGAAAGGUCCCAAAUUGGAAGGAGAUUUAAAAGGCCCAGAAGUCGACCUUGAGGCUCCAGAUAUAGAUAUUGAUGGUAAUGUAAAAGGUUCAAAGUUUAAGUUACCAUCAAUGCAUAUGCCAAAAAUGUCCAUGCCUGAUAUUGACUUAAAUUUGAAAGGCCCUAAGAUAGGAGGUUUUAAAGGCCCUGAAGUUGACUUAAAGGCCCCAGAUUUAGAUUUUGAAGCUCCAGGAGUGGAACUAGAAGCCCCAGAUGUCAACCUGAAAGGGCCAGAAGGAAAACUUAAAAUGCCAAAAUUUCAAAUGCCAAAAUUUGGCAUUUCUGGCCCCAAAGUAGAAGGCCCAGACAUUGAUGUUAGCCUUCCCAAAGGAAGUAUGGAUUUUUCAGGUCCAAAUGUAGAUAUUCAGGCUCCUGACUUAAAUACCAAGGGACCAGAGGGUAAAUUAAAAGGCCCUAAAUUUGAGAUGCCCUCAAUGAAUAUCAAUCUACCAAAGAUACCGAAGCCUGAUUUCGAUCUAAAUCUGAAAGGUCCAAAAUUGGAAGGAGAUUUAAAAGGCCCAGAAGUCGACCUUGAGGCUCCAGAUAUAGAUAUUGAUGGUAAAGUAAAAGGUUCAAAGUUUAAGUUACCAUCAAUUCAUAUACCAAAAAUGUCAAUGCCUGAUAUUGACUUAAAUUUGAAAGGCCCUAAGAUAGGAGGUUUUAAAGGCCCUGAAGUUGACUUAAAGGCCCCAGAUUUAGAUUUUGAAGCUCCAGGAGUGGAACUAGAAGCCCCAGAUGUCAACCUGAAAGGGCCAGAAGGAAAACUUAAAAUGCCAAAAUUUCAAAUGCCCAAAUUUGGCAUUUCUGGCCCCAAAGUAGAAGGCCCAGACAUUGAUGUUAGCCUUCCCAAAGGAAGCAUGGAUUUUUCAGGCCCAAAUGUAGAUAUUCAGGCUCCUGAUUUAAAUAUCAAGGGACCAGAGGGAAAAUUAAAAGGCCCUAAAUUUGAGAUGCCCUCAAUGAAUAUCAAUCUACCAAAGAUACCGAAGCCUGAUUUCGAUCUAAAUCUGAAAGGUCCAAAAGUGGAAGGAGAUUUAAAAGGCCCAGAAGUCGACCUUGAGGCUCCAGAUAUAGAUAUUGAUGGUAAAGUAAAAGGUUCAAAGUUUAAGUUACCAUCAAUGCAUAUGCCAAAAAUGUCAAUGCCUGAUAUUGACUUCAAUUUGAAAGGCCCUAAGAUAGAAGGAGGUUUUAAAGGCCCUGAAGUUGACUUAAAGGCCUCAGAUUUAGAUUUUGAAGCUCCAGGAGUGGAACUAGAAGCCCCAGAUGUCGACCUGAAAGGGCCAGAAGGAAAACUUAAAAUGCCAAAAUUUCAAAUGCCCAAAUUUGGCAUUUCUGGCCCCAAAGUAGAAGGCCCAGACAUUGAUGUUAGCCUUCCCAAAGGAAGUAUGGAUUUUUCAGGCCCAAAUGUAGAUAUUCAGGCUCCUGAUUUAAAUAUCAAGGGACCAGAGGGAAAAUUAAAAGGCCCUAAAUUUGAGAUGCCCUCAAUGAAUAUAGACUUACCACACAUAUCAAUGCCUCAUGCUGGUCUUGGUUUUAAAGGUCCAAAGGUGGAAGGGGAUUUGAAAGGUCCCAAAGUUGACAUGAAAUGCCCAGAGGUUGACCUUAAGGCUCCAGAUGUAGAUCUCGAUGGUAAAGUAAAAGGUUCCAAGUUCAAGUUACCUUCAAUGCAGAUGCCACAUUUGUCAAUGCCAGAUAUUGACUUUAAUUUGAAAGGCCCUAAAGCAGGGGGAGAUUUUAAAGGCCCUAAAGUUGACAUUAAUGCCCCAGUACUAGACAUUAAAACUCCAGGAGUAGAAUUAGAAGCACCAGAUGUAAAUCUCGAAGGGCCAGAAGGCAAACUUAAAAUGCCCAAAUUUAAAAUGCCAAAAUUUGGUGUUAAUGUUCCCAAACUAGAGGGUCCAGACAUUGAUGCUUCCCUUCCUAAAGGAAGUGUUGAUAUAUCUGGUUUUAAUGCAAACAUUGAAGGUCCUGAUGUCAACUUACCAAAAGGUAAUUUAGGUUUGAAGGCUCCACAUUUGAAGGGCAACAUCAGUGGCCCGAAAUUAGGAGGUAAACUUGAAGGCCCGGGAAUGGACUUGUCAACACCUGGUGUCUGCUUGGAUUCUCCAGAUAUCAGUGUAAAAACUCCCACAUUGGACAUUGAAGGCACUGAAGGUAAUUUAAAACUUCCCAAGGUAAAGAAAUCAAAAUUUGGUUUUGGCAUUAAGUCACCUAAAGCAGAUAUAAAGUCACCUUCUGUAGAUAUUAACCCUCCUGAUUUAGAGUUUGACCCUGAAGUGCCUGAGUUGAGCGUUGGAGGCAAAGGAAAAAAAGGGAAAUUUAAAAUGCCCAAAAUUCAUAUGAGUGGUCCAAAAAUAAAAGGCAAAAAAGGGGGUUUUGAUGUAAGUGCACCUGAAGUAGACAGUGACAUAAAUCUUAAUGCCCCAGAUGCAGAUUUAAAUAUUGCAGGUGGGGAUGCAGCAAUUUCAACAAAUCUUGGUUUCAAAGCACCUAAAACCAGAAAGCCACUGUUUGGCAAAAUUAGUUUCCCUGAUGUGGAGUUUGACAUCAAAUCUCCAAAGAUUAAAGGAGAAACUUCAUUGCAGAGCCCUAGUGCAGAACUAAAAACUCCAGAUUUAGACAUUAGUGGUGGAUUGAAGACACCAGAAGCUGAAUUAACAUCUUCUGGGGUUAGUAUUGAAGGUCCUGAUGUAAAGGUCAAAAAGCCAAAAUUCAAGCUUCCUAAUUUUAGUAUGUCGAGUCCAAAAGUAGAAGCACCAGCUGCUGAUGUUGGUGUUUCACUUCAUAAGGGAGAUAUUGAUCUGACUGGGCCAAAAAUUUCCACUGAUAUAAAAGCUCCUAGAGUAGAUGUGACCCAUGGUACAAUUAAUAUUAGCAGUAAAAUACCUAGUGUUUCAGCUGAGUCAUCUUUACCAGAGAUGGAUGUUAAUUUGAAAGGACCAAAUGUUAAAAGUGGUAUGCUUACUUCAGGAAGUAUGGCGUUUCAAGCUCCUAAAGUAGGAAUCUCUGGGUCAGGAGGGAAAAUUAAAUUGCCGGCAGUUGAUAUUUCUUCCCCAAAAGUCUCUGAAUCCAAUUUUGAUAUUCACUUAAAAGGACCAAACAUUGAAAGUGAUUUGGACAUUUCUGGUAGAGUGAAGAAGCCGAGCAUAAGUGCUGAUUUGCCAUCUAUUGAUGCAAAAAGUUUAGAUCCCCAUAUUACAUUACCUCAGGUAGAUAUAUCUGGUUCACACCCCCAAGGGUUUAAGUUACCAAAAGGGGAAAUUUCUCUCUCUGGGCCAGAUGUUAGUCUUGCUAAUGUUUCUGGCAAAAUUGAAAGUGCAGACUUAAGAAUGAAAGGGCCUUCAUUUCAGUCAUCAGCUGCAGUUAAAGGUUCAGCUCCAGGGAUCAACAUUUCUCUGAAAGAUGCUAAGAUAAAGGAAGGCAUUUCAAUUGGACAAAGUGCAAAUCUGACAGGAGAUAUGCAGGGGUCAGAAGGUUUAAGAGUAGGCCGAAAAGUGGACGGUGGGUUUACUGGACCCAAUGUAAAGGGAGGUUUGGAUGUUCAAGGGAUAGGUGGAAAUCUAGAAAGUUCUGAUGUUAAAAUUUAUUUCCCACGACUUUUAAUGCCUAAAUUUACAUCAUCUGGACCAGAGCUGACAGGAAGAGAGGUGGGAGUUGACGUAAACUUCCCUUCUGCUGACGUACAGGUGAAAAAGUUUGGUGAGACUGAGUUAGAAGUUGAUGAAAGUGAGAUUAAAAUAAAGAAAUCUAAGAUAAAAAUGCCAAAACUGAACUUCAAGUCUAAAGCAAAAGGGGAUGUUAGCCUUCCGGAUGUCUCAGUUUCUGGGUCAAAAGGAGACCUUAAAAGUUCAAAAGCUAGUGCAGGGUCAGCAGAAGGUGGCCUGAUGUCCACAAGCUUAGAAGUGGAAAAGUCUCCAAAAUAUGAGUUUUCGCUGUUUACGAGCAAAAAGACAAGGCAGAGAUCAUCUUCCUUGAGUGAAGAGAAAGAUGAAUCAACACACUCCUCACCAAGUGGUACAUUAGAGGCUGGUAGUUCAUUAUCUGCCGAGGGGGGCAAAAAGAAGGGAAAGCAAUCAAAGAUAAAAUUUGGCACUUUUGGCGGCUUGGGAUCCAAGUCAAAAGGUUCUUAUGAGGUCACGUUAAGUGACGAUGAAAACGUCCAAGGGAGUGGUGCAUCAAUUUCCUCCCGAAAGUCCAGAGUUUCCUCUUCCUCAAGCAAUGACAGUGCAACUAAGGCAGGUGUCCGUCUGCCAAAGCUAGAACUGACAGUUGCCAAAAAGAAGGAAUGAAUCCCCCCCACCCCACUCCAACCUCAGCAUGUAUAUAAUUAUAUAUAUCAGUGUGUUUGUACAUACAUUUUGCAGCCUUUAUAUAAUGCUAACCUUCCUAAGUGAAGAGUAGAGAUAUUAAAAAAAGGUAAAAAUUUUAAAUCAAUAAAA